UUUUGAAAAGACUAAAUUGAAGCCUAAAGAACUCGUCUAUGUUUUUCUUUUCGCCAUUUAACGAGGGAUUACCAUGCUUGAAACAGUCAUUACGUGCUCGUGGGUUAAUUGGGUCGAAACAAAGAGCUAAAAAUUGCCUGCGGUGCGUUUUCGGUUCUGUUAUUCUGGGGCUUUGAUAGUUAUCAUAAAUUUAUGAGCUUUAGGUCUUCACCAUGGCUACGGCUGGUUUAUCACAAGAGGUUAGUCUCAAAUAUCGAUCGAUCACUUUUGCGGUGUAAAGAUUCAAUGCGAAAAACGUGUCGUCACGACUGUUUAUCACUGAGUUAAAGCUGGUAUGUCGGCGUUAAAAAAACGAGUUCGCUUUACUGAAGCAGGAAAUGGAAGGCAUUCAUCGCUAGACGAAACUUUGCGCGCAAAAAAAUUAGAAACACCAAAUGUUAAAAAAAAAAAGAAGAAAGCGAAAAAGACGAAGCUGCAAGGGCUCAAAGCGGAGAAGAAAAAGCUCCAAAGAGACCUGAAGGAAACCAGACAAGGAAUAUUGGAAGACAAUGAACGAAAAGCAAGCCCGGAUUAUACUCCGUACGAGAAUCGCCAAAGACUAGCACGCACAACCAGCGACACACUUUCCAAGCUACAAAAAUUGGAGGGACAAAUAUCAACAAAAGAAAAGGAGAAGAAGGCGAAAAUCCAGGGAAGACUACAUACUAAGCUUAAGAAAAGAUCUAUUAGAGCAGAUAAGCAACAUAGUCGACUGAUUAAAAUGACUACACGAUUGGAAAGAAUGAAACUGGGCGAAGAUGAACUCCGCGCCGAAAUAGUACGAGAAGCUAUAGAGCGAGAUGAAGAAAAAGUGCGUCCUACAUCAGAGCCAAGAGUUCGACUGCCCCGCAUAAAUGCCUCUUCAGAUGAAUGUAUGAGGCAAACAGAAGGGAAAACUGAGGUAUCAUUGUCUGACCUUGGAACAGAGGGGAAGCAAGAUUAUUCUCGUCCCUCUUCUGUUUUAAGUGAAUCUGCGCUUCAACUGAGCUCUACGGAGAAGGAAAUCGUAGCGAAUAAGCUCGCUCAUAAGUAUGACAUGACUCGUGAUUUGAGAAACGCGAUUCACGAACAUAUGAUAUCACGUUCGUACAGUUUCUCGUACUACAAUAUUAUUCCUCCAUACAAACGGAGAAAACCCAAGCCGCAGAAGACUAAACAAGUUUUCAAUCGCCUGGUUUACGAGGACAAAAUCGGAGUUAUGGAUUUCAGCAAGUCGUAUCCCAAAAAAGUUGUCCUAAGUACAUGAAAUUUCGGUGUAACUUCCAUUCAAAAAACAUUCGCCUUAAUUCAAGCGAACACACCUUUGUUUCUUAAAAUAACUGCUCUCAAUUAUUGACUGACGUUAAUUGUAACAUUAUCAGAAAUUUGAAACAUUAAACUAUUGAACAUUUUUUAUGUGACAAAUUUCUAUCAAAUGUGGUAAUUCCUCUCAAGGGCGAUAUUUUAAUUCUAUUCUUCAGUGAAAAGUGGCUUUUAAGACUUCAAAUGUCCGUAAAGAUCGGGAAAUAAAGUUAAGUCAACACACUGAAUCCAUAGUAACUAAGCAACCUUACGGUUUUAAAAAUUAUUGAUCCUUCUGCGCUUCAUUAACAAUUGUUUGAAAACCAGUAUAUGAAGUUUUAAUGCUGUUUGAACCAAAAAAAAACUAGGCUAUGGUAUCGCCAGGUAUACCAAUUAAAAUGUUAGUGCUAGAUCUAUGAGGCUUAGGAUUAAAAUCACGUUUGGUCCUUAAUUUUUUGCUUCUUUUAGUUUUGUUUUAACCUCUCGCAUCGCAUAACGAAAAAAAAAAAUGAAAAAUGCUAUCUUUUUCCUAUCUGAAAGCUCGAAACGCUUUGAUCCCUUGUACAGCUGGUAAAUUAAGCUGUUGAAGAAGUUAGUUGACGUUGACAGGGAGUUAAUGACUGCGGAAAACUUGAAAAAGACGACAAAUUUUGUUUUGCGUGGCUCAGUGUGUAGACAUACG